AUGGGGGACAGUUGCUCUCUCGGUGGGAGGGGCUUAUCAUCUGGGGAGCCUCGACAACCUCAUGAUGCUGACAAGACAGAGAAGAGUCUCUCCAGAUCAGAUCGUUUCAAUAAACACCAGCACACAUGUAUAGGGAAGAAACCUCACCACUGCUGCUUUGACUGUGGGAAGGGUUUUGCUAAACAGAGGGAAUUGAUAAUUCACCAACUGAUUCACACUGGAGAGAAACCGUACCGCUGCUCUCAGUGUGGGAAGGGUUUUGCUGCAUCUAAAACCUUAAAAUCUCACCAGAGAAUUCAUACAGGGGAGAGGCCCUACCCCUGCUUUGUUUGUGGGAAGACCUUCAGUCAAUCAGGACACCUGACUACACACCAACGCAUACACACAGGAGAGAAGCCUUAUAGCUGUGAUCAGUGUGGGAUGAGCUUCCGGAAGUCAGGACACCUGACCAGACACCAACGCAUACAUACAGGAGCGAAGCCUUAUAGCUGUGAUCAAUGUGAGAAGAGCUUCAGUCAAUCAGGAUCCCUGAUUACACACCAACGGAUACACACAGGAGAGAAGCCUUAUAGCUGUGAGCAGUGUGGGAAGAGCUUCAAUCAUUCAGGACAUCUGUCUACACACCAACGCAUACACACAGGAGAGAAGCCGUAUAGUUGUGAUCAGUGUGGGAAGAGCUUCAAUCAUUCAGGAUCCCUGAUUACACACCAACGCAUACACACAGGAGAGAAGCCGUACAGCUGUGAUCAGUGUGGGAAGAGCUUCAAUCAUUCAGGAUCCCUGAUUACACACCAACGCAUACACACAGGAGAGAAGCCUUAUAGCUGUGAUCAGUGUGGGAAGAGCUUCAAUCAUUCAGGACUUCUGACUACACACCAACGCAUACACACAGGAGAGAAGAGUUAUAGCUGUGAUCAGUGUGGGAAGAGCUUCAAUCAUUCAGCACUCCUGACUAGACACCAGCGCAUACACACAGGAGAGAAGCCUUAUAGCUGUGAUCAAUGUGGGAAGAGCUUUGCUCGAGAUUCCACCCUGACUGCACACCAACGCAUACACACAGGAGAGAAGCCUUAUAGCUGUGAUCAGUGUGGAAAGAGCUUCAGUCAUUCAGGACACCUGACUACACACCAACGCAUACACACAGGAGAAAAGCCUUAUAGCUGUGAUCAGUGUGGGAAGCGCUUCAAUCAAUCAGGAGCCCUGACUACACACCAACGCAUACAUACAGGAGAUAAGCCUUAUAGCUGUGAUCAGUGUGGGAAGAGCUUCAAUCAUUCAGGAUCCCUGACUACACACCAACGUAUACACACAGGAGAGAAGCCGUACAGCUGUGAUCAGUGUGGGAAGAGCUUCAAUCAUUCAGGAUCCCUAAUUACACACCAACGCAUACACACAGGAGAGAAGCCUUAUAGCUGUGAUCAGUGUGGGAAGAGCUUCAAUCAAUCAGGAGAACUGACUUCACACCAACGCAUACACACAGGAGAGAAGCCUUAUAGCUGUGAUCAGUGUGGGAAGAGGUUUGCUCAAGAUUCCGCCCUGACUGCACACCAACGCAUACACACAGGAGAGAAGCCUUAUAGCUGUGAUCAGUGUGGGAAGAGCUUCAAUCAAUCAGGAUACCUGACUACACACCAACGCAUACACACAGGAGAGAAACCUUACUCCUGUCUAUGUGGAAAGAGCUUUGCUCAUUCAGGGUCACUGAAAAAACACCAGAAAGAACAAACAUGUCAUUUUUUAUCUCCCUCCUCUCCUGCACCGGUUCCAGAUCCCUAAAUAAAGUUUCAAUAGAAAACAUAUUGUGAAGAGUCAUCCAUCUCCCAUUCUCUAACAUUAUACUAAGUCUGAAUACCAUGAUAACCUAUGUAGCAUAAUGUCAAGCUCUGGAUCCAUAUCUAUCAUUCGUCUAGGAGUGCUGUGUGUUGUGGGGUGGGGGAUGUUGUAGUGGGUGGGGGUUUUCAUAGCUGUAUCUUAUUACAUUAACUCCUAUUAGCCAUUAAAUACUUGUAUCAUGUAUAAUAAUGUUUCAACAAUACGAGAUGUGUAUUCUUGUUUUUAAUAGAUCAAUAAAUUCAAUCCAUUAUCUGCUUAACAACAUCUGCUUAUCACAUUACAGUGGCUUGCUAAAGUAUUCACCCCCCUUGGCAUGCUUCCUAUUUUGUUGCCUUACAACCUGGAAUUAA